UUUUAGACUGCCAUCUGAUAUUUGUUUUCUCAGGAUUCUGGAACCCUAGCCACAUGACUCUUGUUGGAUUUAUUUCUGCUGGGCCUCCUUGUGUUAAUCUCUAUAAGAAAAGCUCUUGGGAUGUAAAUCCUGCUAGAAAAUCUUCCAUUGAUGUGGACCCUAGAUGGAACAAGUUAAGUGCAUCAAGAAGUAGUGAUUACAUGGGCUGCAUCUUUGAAGUUCCAGAUCCCUGGUUUUCAAAAGUGAAAUCAAACUCUGCAAAUGGCUCUAUGCAGGUUUUCUGCUCGGAUUAUCCAAGGCCUGAGCUUGAAAACACCAUUAACUUUUUAGAAGCUGCUAAGUUAUCUGCAUCCUUUCGUGAUUGUAUGCGGCCCAAGAAACCUCUAGCAGUAGUAAUUGCUGGUGCAGGCUUGGCUGGUCUAUCCACAGCAAAAUACCUUGCUGAUGCUGGCCACAAACCUAUAUUAUUAGAGGCAAGAGAUGUUCUCGGAGGAAAGAUUGCUGCUUGGAAAGAUAAAGAUGGAGAUUAUUAUGAAACAGGCCUCCAUAUUUUCUUUGGUGCUUAUCCCAACAUACAGAACUUAUUUGGGGAGCUUGGAAUUAAUGAUCGAUUGCAGUGGAAGGAGCACUCCAUGAUUUUUGCAAUGCCUAACAAGCCAGGAGAAUUUAGCCGCUUUGAUUUUCCAGAGUAUCUUCCAGCUCCCUUUAAUGGUAUAUGGGCCAUCUUAAAGAACAAUGAAAUGUUGACAUGGUCAGAAAAAGUGAAAUUUGCUAUUGGGCUUUUGCCAGCCAUGAUUGGGGGGCAGUCCUAUGUUGAGGCUCAGGAUAGUUUAUCAGUCAAAGAGUGGAUGAAACGGCAGGGUGUACCUGAUCGAGUCAGUGAUGAAGUUUUCAUUGCCAUGUCAAAAGCUCUGAACUUCAUUAAUCCCGAUGAGCUUUCUAUGCAGUGCAUUUUAAUUGCUUUAAAUCGUUUCCUUCAGGAAAAGCACGGAUCAAAAAUGGCCUUUUUGGAUGGUAACCCUCCUGAGAGGCUAUGCAUGCCAAUUGUCGAACACAUUAAGUCACUAGGUGGACAAGUCCAACUAAAUUCUCGUGUACAAAAGAUUGAGUUGAAUUCUGAUAGAACGGUUAAGCAAUUUUUGCUGAGCAACGGAAGUGUUAUUACUGGAGAUGCUUAUGUAUUUGCCACCCCUGUUGAUAUCUUGAAGCUUCUCUUGCCUGAGGAGUGGAAAGAAAUACCAUGCUUCCAAAGGUUGAAUAAAUUAGUAGGAGUCCCAGUGAUUAAUAUUCAUUUAUGGUUUGAUAGGAAACUGAAGAACACAUACGAUCAUCUUUUGUUUAGCAGGAGCCCUCUUUUGAGUGUGUACGCAGACAUGUCUGUAACAUGUAAGGAGUAUUAUGAUCCGAACCGAUCCAUGCUCGAGUUAGUCUUUGCUCCUGCAGAAGAAUGGAUAUCACGUAGCGAUAGCGAUAUUGUUGACGCUACCAUGAUAGAAUUGGCAAAAUUAUUCCCUGACGAAAUUUCUGCAGAUCAGAGCAAGGCAAAGAUUUUGAAGUAUCAUGUUGUUAAAACACCAAGAUCUGUUUACAAAACCGUUCCAAACUGUGAACCAUGUCGCCCAUUACAAAGAACACCAAUUGAAGGGUUCUAUUUGGCUGGUGAUUACACAAAGCAGAAGUAUUUAGCCUCGAUGGAAGGUGCUGUUUUAUCUGGUAAACUUUGUGCACAGAAAAUUUUACAGGAUUAUGAUAAGCUGGUUUCUACAACCAUGAGAGACCCAUCUGCUGAGAUGUUUGUGGCCUAGCUGACGAUUUUAAACUGCUACUCCAGAAUUUAUUUCCACAUACCGUUUUGUUCUUCACAAUUGUCUGAUCCAAGCUAUAUAAUUUUUAGAAGCAUGUUGAAAGUCUCAAAUGUGUCAUAAUAUCUCGUACAUUGGUAGCAGUAUCGUUGUAUUAAAGGAAUCAAAAUGCUGUGAUCAUGUCAGCUUCAAUCAAUUAUUUAUGGUAAAAAAAUGUCACUGGAGCAUCACAUAUUAGCUCAUAUU